AUGUUACAAUGUCAACACACUUUCUGCUGUGCGUGUCUGGAAGCAUCAUUCCAGAGUCGAGAUCAAAAGUCAGCUGAAGGUGAUGAUUUCAUUCACUGCCCAACAUGCAACGAGCGGCACGAAUUCGUAUCAUCACCCGGAAAGAUAGCCGAUCUACCAUCUAACGUUUACAUCGAUUCGAUGAUUCGUGUCAUAAAUCAACAGGAAAACAACCAGAAAAAUAGUAAUAGUUCGACCUUUUCAAAAGUUCCGGUGGCAGCAAAGGAACCGAAGACUAAAUGUUCGAGAUGUGAAACGAUUGCAGAUAUCGUGAUGCAAAACUGUGACCACUGUCAGCAGACGCUCUGCGCAAUUUGCUGGCAUGCACAUAUGAAUGAACUGAUCGUACAAGUUCAACAACUCGAUGUCCAGCUGAACUUGGCUAAAGAAAAAAUGGAUCACAAAAUGAUUGACUAUAAGAAACGUUUCAUCGAGAUGGACACGUGCGUCAAGGAUUAUUUUGCAGAGCGCGUCGCUCAGCUGACAAAGCAUGAGCAAUCGUUGUUAGAUGAAUCACAAAAAAUGCUAAACGAUGGCCUGUGCGCUCAUGAGCUUGUGGUCCAUAAAAUACGCUGUCUCCGGAGACAAAUUGGGGACAAUACAGUAGCCGGAGCACAUGGCAACCUGGUGCAGUUGUUCCUGAAUUUGCAUAAAGAAAUUUCGAUCGUCUUCGAAGAGAUAUCACAUUGGGGCGAAGAGACGAUCCUCUUCGACAAGAAACACGUAAAAAUAGACGUUAUUAAUGUGCCAAGUCACGGUAACUCCCCGAAAGAAGUCGAACCGAAAAAAGAUAUCCACGUUGAACGACUUCCUCUGAACUCACAUGAUGGUGUUUACAAUUUUUACAAGAAUCACUGUUUCAAAACAAAACUAAGAUGGACCAAAUGUCACCGGCCAGUUGGGGUAGGUAUGGCUCCCUGGAGCAAUGAUCGUCAAAAAUCACCCCAGCUAUACAUAGCAGGAGCCGAAAGUAAAAUGGUGUUUGUAAUUAACAAAGUCAACGGUGACAUCGUCCAGCGGAUUAGCCACGACGACAUGGUUUACCCUAACGGAAUCGCGUUCGAUCCGGCCAGCAAGGAGCUGUUCGUUUCGGACAAGUGGAAGCACUGUAUUUUUGUUUUUUCAUCGAAUGGUACUUACCUACGACAGCUCUGUAGCAAAGGCAAUCUUGAAGGAUAUCUCAGGGCACCGGAAGGAAUAACCGUGGCCCCCAACGGAACACUGUUUGUAUGUGACACCGGUAACGACAGAGUUCAAUGUCUGGAUCCCGUGACCGGGUACAUGUUUUCGCAGUUUGGACGAAUCCUCAAGGAUCAACUGUUGAAGGGCACGGCCCGGUAUGUGGAUCUCAAAUGUCCUACGGGUGUUGCGAUUUUCAACGAUGAAGUGGUGGUUCUCGAUAGUGGGAAUCGGAGGGUCAAAACGUUCACAACUGAUGGAGAAAAGAUUUUGGAGUUUGGACAAGCUGGCUCACUUGUUGGCCAAUUUCAGUACCCCGAGGUUGUCGCUGUCGAUCAGAGUGGAUUUAUUCUUGUUGGGGAUGGCGGCAAUGCUCGGAUAUCGAUUUAUCGUCCCAAUGGGCAAUUUGUGAGGGCAGUUGGAUCACGUGGCGAUUCACCGGGAAAGUUCAACUGGAUAUCCGGAUUGUACGUUAGUAAAAACCGCGAAAUCAUCGCUUGUGACUAUAAAAAUCAUUCGGUUCAGGUUCUGGAGUAAAAACAAUGCCGUAUUGGAGAGGAUUAAAACAUUUUUAUUGUUCUUAGUGAUAUUUACAAAACCGUUUAUUGCCAGUGUACAUUUUACAAAUAAAUAUCAUUUCGGUAUGUUAGACAAGUAAAUGUUUUUAAAACUAAAGCACAAUUCAAUCGAUUGUGAGGCAU